CUCUCAACAAGUGUAAUUUGUUCAUCUCUGUUUGCUUUCAUCAAAAUAACAAAAAUAAGAAGAAAAAAACAAAAAAAAGAAAUAAAAAAGAGAAAUGGUUAGUGAAAAUAUUCCAGAAUUGGUUCCUCUACUUCCUUGUAAGCAAAUUGAUGAUGAUGAUGAUGCUACUUCUCUAUAUGAUCAACCAUCUGGAACAUGGCUACACUGCGGAUACCACUUGACAACAUCCAUAGUGGCUCCACCUCUACUAAACUUGCCCUAUGCAAUUUGCUUGCUUGGAUGGAACAAAGGAAUGAUAUAUCUUAUUAUUGGAGCUCUUGUCACUUUCUACACUUACAAUUUGUUGUCUAUGGUUCUUGAGCAUUAUGCUUCUAAGGGUCUCCGCUUUCUUCGUUUCCAAGACAUGGCUGAUCAUAUUCUUGGAAAGACAUGGGGUCGAUAUUUCGUGGGCCCGGUCCAGCUUGCAGUCUGCUAUGGGUCUGUGAUUAGCUUGAUCAUACUUGGUGGACAAUGCAUGAAGACAAUCUAUUCUCUGGUAUGGCCAAACGGCGAAAUGGAAGUGUAUGAGUUUGUGAUGAUGUAUGGAGGUGCAGUAUUAUUGGUAGCUCAAGUACCUUCAUUCCAUUCUUUAAGACACAUCAACCUAGUUUCUCUAGUUUUAAGCCUUGCCUACAGCGCGUUUGCUGCUGCUGGUGCGAUUUACAUAGGGAUUUCAUCACCUGUACCAGUAGAUUACUCAAUAGUUGGGAGUACAGAAAACAAGAUAUUUGGAUCUUUUACAGCAAUUACCAUGAUUGCUGCAUCAUUUGGGAAUGGUAUCAUCCCAGAAAUUCAGGCAACCAUAGCAGCACCAGUGAAAGGGAAGAUGUUCAAAGGGCUAAGUCUUUGUUAUACAGUUGUGUUGUUAACUUUCUUCAGUGUUGCAGCCUCAGGGUAUUGGGCCUUUGGUAAUGGUGCUAACAGUUUCCUACUCAACAACUUUGUCGACAAAAAUGGCAAUGUUUUGUUGCCUAAAUGGUUUCUUAUUACCACAAUCAGCUUCAUCAUCCUCCAAAUAUCUGCUGUUUCUGGGGUAUACUUACAACCAGCUAACAUACUUUUAGAGGAAACUUUUGUUGAUCCAAAGUGUAAACCAUUUUCCCAACGUAAUGUAAUAUCAAGAGUCGUCUCAAGAUCCAUCUCUGUGAUGAUAGCAACUACAAUAGCCGCUAUGCUUCCAUUUUUCGGAGAUUUCAAUGCACUAAUCGGAGCUUUUGGAUUCAUACCCCUCGACUUUAUCCUGCCUGUAAUCUUCUUCAACUUGACCUUUAAGCCAUCCAAGAAAAGUGGCAUUUUUUGGUUGAAUUUCAUCAUUGCAUUCGUCUUCUCGUUGAUUAUGGUAAUCGGAGUCUUUGCAUCAGCCAGGCAGAUAGUUCUUGACGCCAACGCCGUUCACAGCUUUGAUCGUCUUUCUACUUCAUGGAGGCUGCCCUCAGUUUUAGACACUACUUGGAAGUCAUUCUCAAGUUACUUGCCGAUAAAUGACAAUUCUUUUGCUUCCAUAUGAUCAUUGAAUCUAAGCAGGGAUCCCAAUUCCAUGAUUCCAGUCCUAGAUAAUUCAUUAUUCAAUGUAAAUUAAAUGUGUACUACUACAUAGAUUUUUUUUAUUUUUUUUAGGGAAACUGUAUUAGAAUAUAUUACUAAUACUGUAAAGUAAAUAUUACAGAUGAUGAUUCAUUAUUUUUUUUGAAAAUAUAUGUUAUACCCAAAAUUAUUAAGUAA